AUGGCCAACCCAAUAUAUCUUGGCAUUGUCGGCGUUGGCGGUGUUGGAACCGCCUUCCUUGAGCAAUUAGCAAAACUGCUCAAUUCACCCCAAAUCGUUCUGCUGGCCCGCUCAUCGCAGUCCCUGCUCGCGCCGACACCAGCAUACUCACCUUGCAUUACCGCCACAAAUUGGUCAGAUGCCGCAGCGACGCCAUCAUUAAUUAGAAAGGGCGCUCUUUCGCCGCAUGAAAUUGCGUCAUAUCUCGCAGCUACCCCGGGUCGUGCGAUUCUUGUGGAUAACACCUCGGACCUUGUCCUUGCCCAGGCAUAUCCUAUCUUCCUCAAAAAUGGAGUAUCUGUGGUAACAGCCAACAAAAAAGGAUUUUCCUCCGAGGUAUCAUUAUGGAAUGACAUCUUCGCAUCCGAACUUCAGGGAAAUGCGUUCGUGCACCAUCAGUGUACAGUUGGCGGAACCCUUCCAGUUCUCUCAACAUUGAGAGAUCUGAUCGCAACAGGAGAUGAGAUUACUCGAAUUGAAGGGGUUCUCUCUGGGACACUAUCACUACUCUUGGGCGUCUAUAUGCCUGCGCUUGGCACGUCCGAAAUGAAGUGGAGCUCUCUAGUCGCCCAUGCUAGGGAAGCAGGCGAAACAGAAACCGAUCCACGGGAUGAUCUGAACGGUCUCGACUUUGCACGGAAAUUAACAAUCAUCGCCCGGGUUAUUGGCCUUGAGGUCCCUCGUCCGGAUUCGUUCCCGGUCCAAUCACUUAUACCCGAUGAAUUGGCCUCAUUGCCGUCAUCGUCCGAAGGAAUUGCGCAGUUCAUGAGCCAGUUGCCUGAUUAUGACGACAGAAUGGAUGCGAUCAAGGAGGCUGCUCGGAAAGAGGGCAAAAUUCUGCGGUACUUUGGCAGUAUUGAUGUACCCACGAAGACCAUUAAAGUUGGGCUGCAGCAUGUGAAGAAGAGCAGCCCUCUUGCCAAUCUCAAGGGUAGUCAGAUUGUCAGCAUACAUACUAAGCGAUAUGGUGCUACACCUUUGAUCUUACAAGGUGGUGGAGGCGGAGGUGAGAUUACGGCCAUGGGUCUGAUGGCUGAUCUCCUUAAGACGAUCGAGAAGUUGAGGUAA